CUCCCGGACCAGAUAAUGGUCUAAGACAAUAGACCAGCACGUUAAAGUCGUUAGAGUCGUUGAAAGACGAUCUAUAUUUUUGACUAAAACCCCAGGGGUCGAGCUCUGAUAGCCUCUUGUUGUGGUCUAUGGAAUCUGGGGGAACGCGUCAUGACGGUUAAUUUGACGUCGAAGGACCAUAUCAAAAUCCAUUUGGCUCAUAGAACAGUAGAACAGGUAGGGCUUUGGGCCUCACCUCCGUUUUGCUACACAACCUUACUACCUCACCGAACGUACACACGAGGAGAACCAAGAGCGGGCCUACAUAGCCGCUUCAAGGAGGAGUGACCGCUCAUUGGAAGCGCGCGUAGAAUCGGCCAGGCGCGCAUCAGAAAUACACAAGCGACGGACCGGCAGGUCAUUACGAGUCUCUGAGGAAGAUGUAAUAAACGAAGAGAUGUAUGAGGAGGAGGAAGACGAUCUCCCACACCAUUAUCGGUACCACGGCGCCCAUCUUCAUAGCCACCCCAGCGAUUUCAACAGCCCUGAGUUCUCAGAUUACCUCACGAACAACCUUCAUGUGCGGACAGCUCUUGAAGGGGCCCUACGAAACUCAUAUGCUUCACAGGCAGUUACACAGACAGCGCAGCAUGCAAGCCAGGUUCCCAGUUCUUAUCCGAACGUCGCCAGUUUGAUGAAUGCGCAUAUGAAUUACCAGGCGCAAAUGAUGAGCGAUAGCCACCCGCCGCCGUAUGGUAUGCCUCAUAUCAUGCCGACAAUGCCAAUCACCAUACCUCCGCCUACAGCAUAUUUGCCGCAACAUCAGUUUCAAAAUUUCGAUCCACAGCUAGGGGCUACGCAGAGUAUCGCCAAUCGACGUCUCUAUCCCAACCAGUGUCAAGCCGAGUCUGCGAUGAAACUUCAGCAAUCAGCGGCAGUUAAGUCGCCAAGUCCGGAUACUUCGAAGCCAAGUCGUGGCAAGUCUAUGCCAGUCGAAAUAAAAUCCGAGUCGCCUGCCUUGCAAUCUAUCGAGCAAUCCCAGGCGGCGAAAGUUUGUCGAUCGUUUGAGCAACGAUCGCAGCUCUCGAAACGGCCUGAGCCUGUUGAUUUCAACAGCACGGAUAGUUCUAUCACGGCAGGAGUAUCAUGCGACAAAACAUACAUACCGCAGGUCAACAUCCAGGAUUCAGAUACCGAGUUCAACCCGUUUGCAACUGCGACGCCACAGGAUGACGGAAUCUUCAAUGAGAAUCUUGGAUUUCCAAACGAUCCCCUAAUGGGCAUGCUUAUGGCUGGCAAUGACGCGAUCAAUGCGCCUGCUUCUUUUGACAGCAGCUUGGAUACUUCCUACGCCGGAACACCCGCGAGAAAGCUAGAUUUAGCCACGAAGACUCAUGUCGGCGGACUGGACUCAACUGUCGGGGGUGGCAUUGCACCCGCCCAGCUAGAAUCAGCUGCCGUGAAAAAAGACCUUGAUGUGAUAUCGGGAGUUCCAAACAGAUUGAAGAGUGUCGCGACUGCAAUUACAAGAACGAGCGCCACCGGAACUCCAGCGAUUGCGCCAGACAAAUGGAAUGAAUGGAUUGAGCAGGGAGAGUUGGACGGUGUUCCCCAGUGACACUGGCUUACCCUUUUCUCUCGAGCCAGCCAUUGAUUUCUUAUAUAUAUAUUAAUGCUAGAAAUAUUGGCUGGAUGCAUUAUUAUUUUGCAUUAUUGGUAGAUAGGGGCUUCAGCCAGUUUAGACUGUUUGAUACACAUAGAUUGCACACAGAUGAGAACAGGCUAUUAUGACCGGUGUAUCAGAGCACAAUUAGAG